UUUACAGACGGGUGGAUAAAGCUGAAUACAAACUUGGUGUGUUUUGGAGCGAGAGACAACCGGUUUGGCAAGUUCCUUGUUCCGUCCAGCGGCAAACUGGCAUCAGUCAAACUGGUCCACGUGUAUGGUUGUCGCUUGUGCUAGAGGAGCCAUCUACCAGUCUUAUUGGGGAUGCGGCCCACAAUCUAGCUUGAAAACCAAAGUAGACGCUGUAAUAACAACCUUGGGAGGUAGCGUUCUUUUGCCUUCGAGCCACUUCAUAACUGGAGCAAACAAGUGGUCUUUGAUUCCUGGUUACAACUCACUUUCUCCAGAGCUGGUGCUCUCUGCUUUCUCCAAUCCUCCAUCCGUGACUCGAGGGCAGGAGCUUCGUUUGUGGUACGGCGAAGAUUUGGCGAACAGCAGCGAAAGCGACAACGGAGGA